GAAGUAGAGUAAUCCUAGCACAGGAGCCGGCCAUGGAGUAAUCUUAUUAUUAUAUAUAUUUCCAAUCGAAAUGGACGGCAGAGAUCUAACCGUGUGUUAACGUGGCGUCAUCUUAUUCACUUACAGUGAGAAAGUGAGAUAUAGGAAUGGUGGAGACGAUUCCACCCUCAUCCCACCCCGUGCAGACUCUGAGUCGCAGCAGCAGCAGCGCCUGUACCUCCACAGAGAGACCUAUACAGCUUUAACCUUCUUUCGUCUUCGAGAAUCCAACAAUUCAACCAUCUGCUGUAAGUAGAAUCAUCAAUCAGAACUGUGAACACGAUUCAUCUUCUUCGCCGUUCCUAUUUCCUACCGACACCACCGGACUUUCCUUUCUCAGUCGUCGUUCUCGUCUUUGUCGGCGGUUAAGGAGAAUCCCCAGAUCAGGAGUGAGUAGAGUCUGGUGACAAAAAAAAUUAUAGACUUUAACCGCUCUUUCAUCUGCCGGUAUGACUCAUACUGGCAAGGAAUUCUUCCGGAGAUUUAUUGACAGUGAAAUGCUUAUAAAGAACCUUGGGGAUUGGUUUGAGGAAAUAGAAGAGCGAACAGGGUAUGGAACACCCACUUUUGAUGCCCCUUUUGAGUUGAUAGACCUUCAGAAGUUUGAUUAUGCAUUAGAAGGAAUUUUGUUUCAGCAACUUAUUAGAAUGCCAAGUGCAGUUUAUGCUUCAACAUCAGGUGCUGUAGAAGCGGCAGCUUUUCUCGCAGUUGAAGACUUUUUACAUGCUAGUGUAAAGGGUUUGUGGGAGUCAUUUUGGAAUCAAGAUGAACCCAUGCCAUUUUAUGUUACGUGUCUAUACAACCCUAACCUGAGAUUUUACCAAGCUGAAAAAGCAAUUGCUAAUGGAAAGCUUGGAGGUCUUUCUGCAACGGCUAUAAUGCAAAAUAAUUCAAGGCAUCGACGUGGAAAAUGGGACGAUAUCGUUGAAAUAGCACUGCUGAGACCUGAUUCUGGUACUAUUGCUGUUAAGGAUGAUACCAAACCUUCUUUAUCCUUAAUCGGUGAAGCCCUAUUCUUUGCUUUUCGAAUUUUAUUAGCGAGAAGCCUCAGCCAAUCAAAUAGUCACAAUUCAAAUUCCGUUUUUGUUCUUCUCAUUGAUUCUCAAUAUGUCUCUGUUGUAAAAAUCGAAGGAGACAUGAGCAAAUUGGACUGCGAUUUGAAUAAUGUCUAUGAAAGUGCUUCCGAGUGGAUUAAAAACUACGCGAAAAUUGCAAUCUCACCUUUCGAUAAAAUUUGGAACAAGCUUGGGAAUGCUAAUUGGGGCGAUAUAGGCGCUCUGCAAGUCCUUUUCGCAACUUUUCAUUGCAUAACGCAAUAUGUUGGAUCAUCUAAACACUCUAUCGAUGACUUAGCUGCAGAACAUGGUUCUCGAAUCCAAGAAAGAAGAUUGGAAAAACAGUUGGUGGAUAAUACCCCGGAGAAUGGAACUGGUUUAUUCCAAUUUCAGCAUAAUGCCAUUUCUACUGAAAUUGUUGAAGUACAGGAAGAUUCGAUUCAAUUAGUGGAGCCUGAGAGUCUAAAAAGACUAGAAGUUGGGUCGGUUGUAUGGCUGGAGGAUUCAAAUUGGCAAAAAGGGUAUCAGAUUGAGGAAGUUUUGAGCGAUGGCGAAAUUCCAUAUUACGUUGCAUCCCCAAUGGAAGAUCUUGGGAACUCUAUAUUCCUUUAUGUUGCUUCUCAUCCUUCUCAACUUGAACACGCAUGGGAAGAUAUGAAAUUAUGGUAUCAAGUUCAAAGACAGACAAAAAUGUUGACAAUUAUGAGACAAAAAGGUUUAUCGAGCAAGAAUUUACCUCAAUUAAGUGCGUCUGGAAAGAUAGUCCACCCAGGUCAAUGCCAAAAAACAAGCUCGGGUGGACAUUGUAAUUACCCUUGGUGCGGUACCCCAGUUCUGGCGAUUACUCCAGUUGGAAGAACAGUUUCCGAUAUGUUAAGAUCGAAUGAAUUCGGUCCAAACGAAGCCUUAAGAUGUUUCCACGACUGCUUAUCUGCUCUUUCUGUCGCCGCCACUGCUGGAAUUCGGCAUGGCGAUAUUCGACCGGAGAAUAUCAUCUGCAUUCAAUCUGGUUCGAGACUUCCUUAUUUCGUUCUUAUUGGUUGGGGCCAUGCUGUUUUAGAAGAGAGGGAUCGUCCUGCAAUGAAUCUUCAUUUUUCUUCCACCUACGCCCUUCAAGAAGGGAAGUUAUGUUCAGCUUCUGAUGCUGAAAGCUUGGUUUAUUUGCUGUUCUUCGCCUGCGAUGGGGAUUUGCCAGAUUUGGAUUCAGUUGAGGGAGCACUUCAAUGGAGGGAAAAUUCUUGGUCUAAACGGUUGAUUCAACAGAGACUUGGGGAUAUAUCUGCUGUUUUGAAAGCUUUUGCCGAUUAUGUAGAUAGUCUUUGUGGGACACCUUAUCCUAUAGACUAUGAUAUCUGGUUGAGGAGAUUGAGGCGUCAUAUAAAUGAUGAUGACCAUGGGAAAGAAAUCGUGGUUUCAAGCUAAGGUUUAACUUAUACCGAAUGGGACAAGUAAUAUUUUUUCUAUAAUAAAAAUAGAAACAAUACCCAAUGGCUCUUACUCGUUGUUUAGUUUCUCAUUUGUUUUAGGCACCGGAUGAGAAUCGAAUUGUGGCAAGUGAGGAAGGAAGGUUCUAUGGAAGUUUGUCUUCUUUAUUUUUCUUUAUUGAUAUGUAUUUAAAAUGGGGUUUGAUUGUGUAAACUCAUGUGAAGAUGAUAGAGGAGGCUUUGUCCAUAUUGUCUUAGUGUAUGUUUUUUUUUUAAGAUUGGUUUAAGGUUAAUUGAGUGUGCUAGUAUUGAUUGAGUCUCAUUAUUUUUGUGUAAAUUGGAGUAUUUUGGUGUCAAACUCUCUAUAUUGCAUUGUUUAUGAUGAUCAAAAGUGUGCUUAAUUUUGUCAUC